AUGCAACGUAGGAGCCUUACUACUCAGUACUGGAUAAAUUUCCAGAUUUCAUUGCUUCUCAGCCUUGAGGACAAGGCUAUUCUUAAGGGCAUUGUUCAUUGGAGAAAUCAACUGAAAUUUCCUGAGCAUGCAAAGUUGACGCCUGAGGCAAAGGAUCUCAUCGGUAGGUUACUAUGUGAUGUUGAACACAGGCUGGGUACUGCUGGAGCAGACCAAAUUAAGGCUCAUCCUUGGUUCAGGGAUAUUAUAUGGGAUAAACUUUAUGAAAUGGAGGCAGCAUUUAGACCAGAAGUGAAUGGGGAGCUAGAUACUCAGAAUUUUAUGAAGUUUGAUGAAUUGGAUGCACAGACGAUGGAAAGAACUGGCUCAGGACCCUCACGGAAGAUGUUAUUGACUCCCAAAGAUCUCAGUUUUGUGGGGUAUACAUACAAGAACUUUGAUGCUGUCAAGGCACUACGCACUUCUUCAGAUACUAGAAGUACAUCACCUAUACGGCCAUCCAUUGAUUCUAUUUUUGGUGAUUCCAAGGUUGAUCCUAUGAUAAAAGGAACAGCUGAGGAAACGGAUGUACAGAUGCUUGCAUCAAUGGGUGAUGCAAUGUCACCGUAGAGUAAACAUAAAUGUUUAGCAAGUGGGCAAGCCCUUCAUGGGAAGGAUGGCAAUAUGCCUGUGUAUUUGACCAGGUGACCCCAAGUCACCAUUCCUUGUGUGCGGGUUGCCACAUUUUGCAGAACCAUUAAUUGUACAGAAUUUGUGGUGUGACCUUAUAACAGCCCUAUGAUGUGUUAAAAUACUAGGACAAGCAAUAUUUGUGGUUAAUUUAGGGAGCUGUGGUACUUUUUAAGUGCUGGCUGCCCAGGUUGGCAGUAAAAACUUGCCUUCGCUUGUGGCUGUUCGCGGUCUGAAAUUUUCAGGCGGUUGUUAACAAUGAUAAUUAACUGUUAUAAAAUUUUAUUGUGGUUUAACUAGAUGUUACUAGUUGUGGAAGAAUUUAAGAAUUUAUACCAAUUUUCCAGUGUUGAGGUGUUUACUGGUAGGGGCUGAUAUUCUGCGAUAUUAUAUUAGUUAAUGAAAGACUGG